AUGCCCAAGAACGCCGUAGCUGAAAACGUGCUCGGUACGAUUGGCACAGUCUUGUGGUCGUUCCAACUGGUACCCCAGAUCAUCAAGUCGUACCGUGCCAGGGACACCGACGGUCUCUCGGCAUGGCUGCUGCUCAUCUGGGUCGCAGGUUCCAUCCCGCAGGGCACCUACCUCGUCGUCCAAAACAUCAACAUCCCGCUCAUCAUCCAGCCGCAACUUUUCUCCACUUUCGCCAUCAUCGCCAUGGCCCAAUGCUGGCGCUACUCGCACGCCGUCUCGACACGCAAAUGCGUCGCCGGUGCCCUGGCGACCGCCUUGAUAGCCGGUGGGUGCGAAGUGGCGUUUUACUUCCUGUGCAAGCUCGGCGAGCAUCGGGGCACGUCGGCGGGCACCAAGAUCAUGGGCAUCGUUGGCGCGGUGCUCAUCGUGGUCGGACUGGUGCCCCAGUUCUACGAGAUCUGGAGGUUCAACGAGGUCAAAGGGAUCAGUCUUUGGUUUCUCGCCAUCGACUGCUCCGGUGGUGUGUUUAGCUUGUUGAGCUUGGUCUUCAAGGAGAGCUUUGAUGGCAUCGCUGCUGCCAAUUACAUCGGGAUCGUGGUCCUCGAAUUGGGCAUCUUUGCGUGCUACCUCGUCCUCAAUCCCAAAGCCGCUCGCCGCAGGCUCAGCGAGCAACAGCAACAUGCCGCACAAAGUGGAUCCGAUGACGCACCGACAGGAACAUCCGCAGCGGCUGCACGAGGCGAGCACGACCUCGAACAAGCAGACCCAGCCACGACAAGCAGCACAAACGAGACGACGCCAGAAUGGUCUCGGCACACGACGUUUGACGAAAAGUCACCGCCUCUGUCCUCAACCCAGCCAAUUAGUCCGAUCGACGCUCGCAACGCGGUGCUCGAAAAGCCAGUAUAG